UUCAUGAGUGUAUUUGUGUGAUCUGAUGAAACAGUACGUCCCGAGACACGAUUCAAGACGCACCGAUUUUGAAUAGGUCUCGUGUACCGGCACCGGUCUUUCUUUUUAUUGGUUACUAAUUAUUACCGUCAAUAAAAAUAUAUAUUUUUUGUUUAUUUUGAUGCCCUUGUCGUGGCAGUGAUCGUACGACUAUGGCCCCGUCAUCAACAACAGAAAGCAAAAGUGACUGUUGUGAAUCAACGAAACACCCACCGGAAAACAAUCUUAAGAAUGGAAACGGAAAGGUUAAUGAAGAAAUACAACUGGAUGACUGCAAUGAUAAUGACAGUGAGGUUGAAGUGGAUAUGGUGGUGCCACCUGAUGGUGGAUGGGGUUGGGUAAUUGUUGCUGCAUCAUUCAUGUGCAAUGUCAUUGUUGACGGAAUAAUAUUUAGUUUUGGUACAUUUUUAGACCCGAUUGCUCAAGAAUUUAAGGUUAAUAAGUCGAGGGUCGCUUUUGCUAGUUCUUUACAAACUGGAUUUUAUUUAAUGGCUGGACCAUUCGUAUCAGCUUUAGCAAACAGAUAUGGAUUUAGACUGGUAGCAAUUAGUGGGAGUGUCAUCAGUUGCCUGGCAUUCGUAUUAUCUUACUUCAGCACAUCCAUCGAAUUUCUUUACUUCUCCUACGGCCUUAUCGGUGGAAUUGGUGCUGGGUUAAUUUACGUUCCUGCAGUAAUAACAGCGGGAUUUUACUUCGAAAGAUGGCGAGCCUUAGCAACGGGUAUCGCGGUCUGCGGAUCUGGAAUUGGAGCUUUCGUCCUGGCUCCAGUGUCUCAACUGCUAGUCAAACACUUCAACUGGAGACAAGCGCUGCUGAUCCAAUCCGGGAUGUUGCUAACCUGCACAAUCUGCGGGGCGAUGUUCCGUCCCCUAAAGCCCACAAGAAUAAAGGUCAAGAAGUCCGAGGUGGCCCAAGAAGCAAUAGAAGAGGUUAAAAGCCCGUUGGUCAAUGGGAAGAGUGCUUCCACUCAUUCUCUACGAGGCAGCCAACAUUUGUCUGUAGGAUGGAUUUUUGGAACUAAUAAUAACGCGGAGUAUCCGACUGCUGCUCAGGUUAUCGCCAGUAAUCCAAAUAUAGUCAAAUCAAUUCACUCAGCGCACAAUAUAUUAGGUCUGAAUGGAGAUUUACAGCUGAGUUCCUCGGAAAAACGACUGUCAGUUCCGCUUUACUCAGAUUUAGACGUAAAGAGCAGUGAAGCUAAAGAAGAAGAAAACAAUUUACUUGACGGAAGUGACCUAGAAAAACUCAAUGGAGGAUUAUCAACAACGUUGCAAGUUCGUCGACACACAAUAAGCGGUCGUCGUGAUCAUGGAAGUCAGUUAUCAUUAAAGAAAGCCGGAAGCAAACGUCAUCAGCCAACGUCUAAAGAUCCUCAACGACCGUUUUAUCGCGAUGAUAUUUUUUAUGGCGGCUCGCUCGCAAGAUUGCCGCAUUAUAAAUCACAAUUGUCUUCAGUGGGUUAUCAUAUGUCCGUAACGCGGCUACCAACAACAACAGAUGUAGAGGAAGAGAAAAGCGGCCGGUGUUAUCUCUAUCCAGAAGGAGUGUCACGUAUUCUUGUGACAAUGUUAGACAUCCAGCUAUUAAAGAGUCCGUCUUUUUUUAUACUCGCUAUCAGCGGCGGGCUAACGAUGAUGGGUUUCUUCGCCCCAUUCACUUAUCUUCCGGACCGCGGGAUGUCUUACGGUUUAGACAAUGAGACGGCGACAUUUUUGGUAUCGACUAUUGGAAUCACUAACACCGUAGGACGUAUUCUUUGCGGAACCUCCACGAGUUUACCAGGCGUAGACGCACUUGUUGUUAAUAAUGUAUUAAUUAGUAUUAGUGGUAUCAUUACUAUUAUAUCAGCAGUAUCACACUCUAAAGCUUAUCAAUUUUUUUAUGCUGCUGUCUAUGGAUCUAGUGUUUCUGCCUUCGCUGCACUCAGGUCUAUCCUUGUCGUUGAACUCGUGGGAUUAGAAAAACUUACCAAUGCCUUUGGGCUAUUGUUACUAUUUCAAGGGGUCGCUGCGUUGAUUGGUUCGCCUCUCGCAGGAGCAUUAAUGGAAGCUACUGGGACCUACGACGCCUCUUUUUACCUAUCAGGUACCUUAAUACUCUUAUCAGCAGUAAUCUGUUAUCCACUUAAGAGAAUAAACGACUGGGAAAAGCGACGCAAGACUGCCCAACCAGAUCUUGAGAGCUCUUGAUUUUAUUUUAUGAUUUAAAUAAAAUCAAUUAUAGGGAAGACUGCUAGCUGGCUCCAUUGCAUUGUUAUUGUUAUUAAUAAUAAUAAUAAUACUAUAAAUACUAUUAAUAUCUGUAAUUAGUAUUUAAUUAAAGGACUAAUUGAAAGUAGUCCAAUUAACUGCAUUUAUUUAAAUCAUUCACUCGAAGAUGAUAUUGAUAAACUAAGUGUAAAUAUUUUUUGUUUAUAAAAAAUAUUUAUUGAAUACGCCAGUCAGUUGGAUC